CGUGUUCUUUAAAAUGUUAGUUGCAAAUAAAAAUAUUUUUGAAAUUAUUUCAUUAUUGUGUGCAUGUUAUGUCGGCAAGAUUUUAUGUGAAGGUAAUGUUACGUUGGAAAAAGGAGAUAAACCGAUAAUUUAUAAAUGCUGUGCUUUAGACAUGGGAAUGGUGGCAGAGAAUGAUACCUUUCGAUGUAACGAUUCAUUUUCUGGAUCGCCUAGUUUUACGUACGUCUUCGAUGCAAAUUUAAAAAUUACGAACAAAUCUAUUGAGGAUGUAUUUGAUAUUAAAAUUUUUGGUGCGGAUUUUAACGGCAUGAAACCUUGGCAGCAAAACCUUAUGCCAUUAGAGACUGGCGAAUUCCUGUACAAAGUAUACUACCAGAAUUCCUUUACACGAUCGACAUAUCUUGAUAAGGAAGACUAUUGUUUUGAGUAUCUGAUGCAGGAUGAUGAAUUUCUUAUCUUACUUAUUCUGGUCAAACUCAAGAAUGAAGCCGAUGAUACAAAAAUUUAUUUUAGUGCUGUAGGCUUUCUGGUAUCCAGUUUUUUCUUGGCAUUGGUCCUUGUGGUGUACGCGAUGUUUUCCGAGCUGCGCACGCUGGGUGGCAAAGUGGCUAUGACUUGUGCUGCAAAUCUACUCGGUUCUUACAGCUUACUCGGUUCCUACUGUUUUCUCAUGUUCUAUUCAUCGUUAUCAUACGGAUCGUGUGUCACGCUUGCAACUUUGGUAUAUUUCUUUUUCCUGGCAACUUUCUUUUGGAUGAAUGUAAUGUCAUUCGAUUUGUGGUGGACGUUUAGAGGGCUGGCUAAAUGUCGUAAAAUCAAUCGUCGCGGCGAAGCAUACAAGUACUGUAUGUAUAGUAUCUACGGUUGGGGUAUGCCAUUAUGUUUAACGAUAUUCAUGGUGUUAAUGAACGAGUACCCGCCGCCAGAAACUGUCAGUCCCAGCAUCGGGGUCUUCAAAUGUUACUUUGGAGAUUUGGAGAAGGAAAUUUAUAUGUACGUGCCGAUGUUGAUAUUACUGAUCUGUAAUUGCAUAUUAUUCUUGAUGACGGUGUUCAAUAUUUGGAGAUCGAAUAAGUCCAGUGAUAUGCUCCGAUUAAAAUCUUCGGCUUCGGUGAAAAACAGCAUCAACAUGUUUUAUAUCUUCCUCAAGAUGUCAGUAAUAAUGGGUAUCAGUUUUGUAAUGGAAGUAGUUAGUACCCGUAUGCCUUAUAUGAAAUUAUGGUACAUAACCGACGCAUACAAUGUACUUAUAGGAGUCGCGUUUUUUGUUAUUUUUGUUUGCAAGAGAAGAGUUUUACGCUUAUUAAAAAAGAAGUUCAAAGGAGAAGAGCAAACCAAAUAUUCUAUAGGAAGUACGAGCAAACAUGGAUCUUCACAACAAUAGCGGCGUUAGAGGGCACUUUGACAUUUUCGAAAUUCAAAAUGGCGGAUUUUGAUUGUUAUUUUCCCCAUUUGGUGUUUUCACGGAUACAAAAACAAAUGCUAUUACUACGCUUUUAGCUAUUUUAAUCCAUUUAAUGCAAUAUCUGUAGUCACUGUGUCUUACAAAAUAUAUUUUUAGCAAAUCAAAGUUUAGCAAUAUAUCUGCUGGCACAGUACCCUUUGACUGAACAUAAGAUCUCAUAACAUUUUAUAGUAAAACGAGCGGUCGCUCGCAAACUUCUUUAGCGUGGAAUUUUAAAAAAUGGUCUUCUAUAACAUUCCCGUCAAGUCUAAGUCAAGUCAAUUCAAGUCCCGUCCAAAUCGGUCCGCCCGUUCCAGAGAUAGCGGUCCGGUCGCCAAUUUGACAGCGCGGAAUUAAAAAAAAAAGUAGCUUAUAACAUGCCCAUCCAUGUCAGCUUCCCUCCAGUGAAAGUCCAGUCGAAAUUGGCCCGGCCGUUUCGGAGCUUGCCGGAACAAACGCGGCUUGCGGACAGACAGAUAUACAUAUUUCAUUUUUUUAUCAUAAGGUGACAAACCAUCUAGCGGCCACCUGAAUACAUCAAACCUCCGCUAUUGCAGAAGCGUUGUCAUUAAACGCACAUAAAGAGGAUAUUUCCCUUUCCUGUGCUUCUUCUCUACCGUCAAAUCCAUUUUACUUCCGAACCUUUCCUUAAGGAAUUUUCCUUCAUCCUCCUUCCUUCCCUUUCCACCAUUCCUUUUCCCUUUCCACCAUUUGGUGGAAAGGGAAAAGGAUUAAAAUUAUGCCUCCGGCACGCACACACUGUACGCGUUGAUCCUAUUUUACGCGUCUUCGGUGUGGUCAUAAUAUUGCAUUGCAGAGUGGGACAAUUCGUGCGAAAUUGUUAAAGCGGGCUCUACCACCGUUCUAAAUUAUCUUAACUAACUAUUGUAUUUUAAUAUUAUUUAUAGUAUUUUUAUACAAAUAUUAAGAAGGUUCAACAAGUCACAUGUCAAAUAUAUCGUCUUCUGCACCACAAAUAAGAACAUAAUAAUCAUAUCAGACGGUUAUUAAAAAGCAUCUUGUAAAAAAAACAAAGGCCACUAUUUAAUGUGACCCAUUCCUUAUGUAUGGCAGUAAAUUUGUAUUCACGAUGCAGUGCUCGACUUACGUGACUGUGGUUGUUUUAUAUGAACUUUUGUAUGUAAUGUCAUGUCAAGGACUUUGAAGGUCAAUGCUAUAUUUGUUAAAUGGUAAAACUAUGUUAAGGGCCUGUCCCACCAAAUUUAAAGGUCUGAUAACAAUCCAACGUGUAAAAGAUGUGAUACAACAUCGGAUUGUUACCUUAUCUGACAGUGACGUCAUUAUUAAGCUAUCUGAGCCUCUAUCAGCCAGUAGUGGGACUGGCCUACGUUUUGAAAUUGCAUUUGUUACGUUAUGGCCAUAAUUUAAUAGCUUGGUCUGUAGUUUAAAUAAAUGUGCGUGGAGUAUUU